AUGAAGGUCGCCGCAGCUUUCACCGGCCUCCUGGCCACCGCACUCGCGGCGCCUGCUCCCGAACCUGUCCUGAUGCCACGAAGUGCCAACAUCAACUACGUCCAGAACUACAACGGCAACCUCGGUGACUUCACCUACAGCGAGAGUGCCGGAACUUUCUCUAUGUACUGGGAGGAUGGAGUGAGCUCCGAUUUCGUCGUUGGUCUGGGCUGGACCACUGGCAGCUCUGCCUCCAUUACCUACUCAGCUAGCUACAGCGCCUCUGGCUCGGGCUCCUAUCUCGCCGUGUACGGCUGGGUCAACUCUCCCCAGGCUGAGUACUACAUCGUCGAAGACUACGGCGAUUACAACCCUUGCAGCGCAGCUACAAGCCUUGGUACGGUAACCUCUGAUGGAGCCACCUACCAGGUCUGCACCGACACCCGGACCAACGAGCCAUCCAUCACGGGAACGAGCACGUUCACGCAGUACUUCUCUGUUCGAGAGAGCACGCGUACUUCUGGUACGGUGACGGUUGCCAACCAUUUCAAUUUCUGGGCGGAGCAUGGCUUCGGCAACAGCAACUUCAAUUAUCAGGUCGUGGCUGUUGAGGCUUGGAGUGGUGAAGGCAGCGCUAGUGUCACCAUUUCUUCUUAG